CGUUCUGCGCACGCUUGCGUUUCGCGAAGCUGUUCAGUUUCUAGUGAGAGCAAAAAGGGAAAAGCAUAUAGACAGGAAUAAAAACAUCAAAACGGACAGGAGGCGAAUUUCUAUAGAAAGGUGCUGUGCUGGGGACCUGGACAAACGGCUGAGGAUUCCUGUGUUAGGGUGCCAGAAGCGUAUAUUUGCUAAGAUCUUUCGGGCGGAUUCCUUCGGUAAUGGUGCCUCCGGCCUGCCGGGUGAAGGGGGAGAGGCUGCAGUCCAAGCAGGGCAGCCCUGCGCUCUGACUGCAGCGGACUCCUCUGCAGCGCCUCACUGCGAUCGCCUUCUCCAGGAGCCGCGCAGACGUGGUUUUUUCGUGUUGGAAGGCGUCCCGGGGGACCGGCACAAUGGAAAGAACUGCUGGGCUGUGAGGUUGGGCACAUCCAGCGGGGAGCUAUGGAGAGGGAGAGCGAGAAGGAGGAAGUGAAAAGCAAGGAAAAUGUUUUUCUUUUACACGGCGCUCUUUUCUUCCUUCAGAUUUCUCUUGCCUAUUGUACAUGCUGACCUCUUUUCUCGUCUGCCAGACUUCCAUGCCGUUGCUUUGCCUCUCUGUUAAUAUUUUCCACUGUAUUUUUCGGACUUUUUUGUAGUCAUAACAUUUCCCUUUUUAACACUUCAAAGGAAACAAGAAACCCCCCAAAAAGAACAGUCCGCUUCUUUUUUUUUUUCUUCUUCUGCCCGUGUUUUGAUUGGACAAUAGCUGGGGGGGGUGAAGGUGUUGGCUUCCAUUGGCUGUUAACCCCCUCCCCCUCCCCUUGCUUCCACCCCUCACCCUGGCACUUGUGGAUGGUUGCCGUGGGCACGGUUGCUGUGGCACGGGGGGUCGGUGAUGGGGAGUGUCCCGGGUUCAGGGAAGGGGAGGGGGGGGCGGGCGCUGGCAGGCCUGGGCUGCAUGCCCUGGAAGGUGAGCAAGCUGAAAGGGGGCGUGGCAGGGGGGUGUAGCGCGGAGGGAGACGGGACCGGAGCCCCAGGCCCCGCCCCCUCCCUGGCCCCGCCCCCGCCCCCGCCAAUCUACCACGAGAAGCAGCGGCGGGAGCUGUGCGCUCUGCACGCGCUCAAUAACGUCUUCCAGGACGGGGCGGCGUUCAGCAGGGACACGCUGCAGGACAUCUUCCAGAGACUCUCCCCCAAUACGCUUGUGACGCCACACAAAAAGAGUAUGCUGGGAAAUGGCAACUAUGACGUCAACGUGAUCAUGGCCGCCCUACAGAUGCGCGGGUUUGAGGCGGUGUGGUGGGACAAGAGGAGGGACGUCGGCAGCAUCGCCCUGCCCAACGUGAUGGGCUUCAUCCUCAACGUGCCCUCCAACCUGCGCUGGGGCCCCCUACGCCUCCCCCUCAAACGCCAGCACUGGAUUGGGGUUCGAGAGGUGGGGGGCAUCUACUACAACCUGGACUCGAAGCUGCGCUGCCCCCACGUCAUCGGCCCGUCUGAAGAGCUCAGGAAGUUCUUGCAAAACCAGCUACGAGGGAAGAACUGUGAACUUCUAUUGGUUGUGCCAGAAGAGGUGGAAGCACAGCAGACCUGGAGGACGGACAGCUGUUGACCCUUUGAUCUUCACUGGCAAGUGGACUAAGCGGAUGGGGGUGUGGCUAAUGCCCAGCAGCCAGUCUGAGAAUGGGUGCGGAUUGAAAUUAAGCCAAUCGAGAUGAAGCGCAGAGGCCAAAUUCUCUUUAUAUGUCCCUCUGUUGGACAACCGGACAAGACAAGUCAAAGGACAGGACAUCCAAAGGAACUCUAAAUGAAACGGACUCACAGAAACAAGGAACCAAUCUUUGAAAAUCUUGUUUGGUGUUUGGGGGGAAAAAAAAGAAAAAUCUUGUUUUGAAUCUUUUUAUUUUUUAUUUUUUAUGUUUCAUUUAUGUUGUAAGUGUUGGUGUUUUGAAAAUGGGAUUCUGACAGAAAUAUGACACUAUCAAAAAGACCAGUCCUGACCUUUUGUGUGACUGACCUUUCCUCUAAUUGUUCCCUUUUGUGUGCAUCUUUUUUUCUGACUUUAUCGGCUGUUCUGAUACUACCCCCCCCCCCCCCCUCCUCCCCUCCUCCUGCCUCUCUGCACUUCACAGCUCCUCCGUGUCCACACACAAGAUUGAAGGCACUGGCACGUUUUUUUUGCCAAGCGUGCAGUGUUAUUUCCUGGUAAAACCCGGAAACGAGGUCGACUCCUGCACGUGUAAUCACAUAGUGUGAAUACACACCGUAUUCUAGAAGCGUAACGUUACAUUGUGUCCCUCUUCGAUCGUUUGGAUGAAAUUAUAAUCGAAAGCAAAGUCUACCCACAGAUAUACAUGGCCUGGAGCAUACUGGAGUUUAAGAAGUAUAAAUUAUUACAUAAAAAAAUCAAUACGGGCCUGACAGACUGCCGUUACACUAGACCCCUCAGUAUUAUGUAACCACAUGGCAUGGAUGUGUAAACGGUUCAGAACAGGUUUGUUGUUAAGUUUAGUGUUGGUGUUUGGAUCAGGUGCGGAAGGAAAUGGAGAAAAAGAAAAGAAAGGCGAAAUUUGUUCCCCAUUUGUAACUUAAAGGUGCAGAAGUACUUGCAUGUAAGUUACUUGUCACUUGCGUACAUUGUUGCCUUUUAUUUACGCAUGAUUACUGCCCAGCUUCAUGCAAAAAUGAGACCACAUUUUGAAUGUGUAAGAACAUAGUCUGGCACAGUUUAAAUGCUGCACUUACACAUAAGUGAUUGUUAAUGUCCUUCUGUGGCAGACAAUUUGAGAGUUGUGACUUUUUUUUGUUUUUUGUUUUUAUUAUUACUGGUUUGCUCCUCUAAUUAGUAGUUUGUGAAUACAAUGAGCUGAUGGUUUCCAAUCUCGGUUAAUGUGGCACCAGUUUUAAAAAGCUGAAAUGGUAUGUAUUGACAAUUUCGGUUUAUCCGUGAAAUGUAAUGAACGUAAUGCAGGAUAAUGCAGGCUUUCUUUCCCAGGGGAGAAAGAAAAGGGGGUGACUUUUUCAGUGAACAACAGAAGCGGCACAUUUCAUUUUGGAAAUGUGAUUGUGGCAACAUUAAAAGAGAAAAGAUAAUCGCAUUAAGUAUGAAAAGGCCAAUGUGAAAAUGACUGAUUUAUGUGGAAUAUUAAUUUGGAUUCAGCACAGCUAUUUUAAAUAUAUAGGUAUAAAAAUAUGUACAUAUCCCCUUGUAAUGAUUCCCAAUGGUCAGGGUCAGUGUUUACACAUGUACAUAGAAAUUAUAAAUGGCCUGUAUUCUUCAUGUAUUUUGCUGUCUGCAUGUGGUACAUAAUGGGUAGAAAAAAAUAUUUUUUCACAUGGCACAUUGAAAAUCGGCUGGAUAUUAAUGCAUUGCCUAACUUUUUGCCAAGACAAUCCCCCCUCCCCACACCCCAUGGAAAUGAUUCUGAUUUGCCUCGCCUUCUUACCUUCUUAUUUAAGGAUCUCUUGAGUUGCAGUAAUGUGUUUGUUAUUGUUUUCCACAUUAAAUAAAAGUCUUUAUACUGUA